AAUAGGAACGACUUCCGGUCGUCUUGGUUUAACUUUUCUAGGAAAGAAUUUCACGUUUUUUUCUGUUUCCCAACUUCUUGUUGAUGUUUUCUAUCUCAGACAUGCCAUGGAAGGCUCAGAUACAUACCUCAUACGACCCAACUAUCAGCACAAAUUCAAGCCUGCAGUAGUGAAGGAGUGCAUUCGUGAAACAGUUAAAGCUAUGCUGUCUGAAGCAGAAUACGACCCAGAUGAGGUCUCAGAGCUCACCAGUACUCUGGCGGACCGUGUGAAGAAUAAAGUCAAGAAAUUAGGGUUUGAUAGGUACAAGUUGGUGGUGCAGGUGACUAUUGGAGAACAACGUGGACAAGGAGUCAAGAUGUCUUCAAGGUGUUUAUGGGAUGCCGAUACAGACAACUAUGCAGAAGAUGUUUUUAUGAAUGAGAGCUUGUUCUGUGCAGUGGCCGUGUUUGGAAGCUAUUUCUACUAACGUGCUGGGCAGAGAGGCGCCAACAGUGGCUCUACCAGGUUUACCAAUGAGACGUCGCAACAUUAAUCACAUGACUCCAUGAUACCAAUCAGACUCAAAGUUGCUGUUAUCUAUAUGAACUGAAGUAUUUGACACAGAGCGCCACUGUGAACAUGACUGUAAAGCAUGAAUUUUACUCUAUCUCCCAGUUUUUAUUUGGCAUCGAUUGACCACGGAAAACCGGAGAUAUGAUCCUUUUAGUUUCAUAAUAGGAAAUAUGCGUUCUCCACAAGAGGGCACUCAUGCUUUUUGGAUGAAGAUUUUCUUUUUUUCUCGCCAGCAUUCAAUGAUUUUUUUGUAUUUCUUUGUCUUAAAGUGGUUAUUUAAUAGGUUAUAGUACAGUAUAUUAAUAACAGUUCAUAUAGAUAAUUUCGUGCUGAGGAAAAAAUACCAUUGUUUAAAAAAAAAAAUUCAAACAGUGUAAGAGGUUACUCACAAUGUUACUCAUUACUUGAGUAUUCUUCUGACAAAAUACUUUUUUACUUGUACUUGAGUACAUUUUUUGAAAGACUACUUUUACAUUUACUUGAGUAAUAUUAUUUUGAAGUAAUGCUACUCUUAAUUGAGUAAAAUUUUUGGCUACUCUAUCCACCUGUAGGGCUGGGUGUCAGAGUGUGGAAGGGUUGAGGAAGGGUGUGGAAGUGUUGAGCUGAAAAGAUAGGACAGAAAUCGUUUGGUGACUCGCCAUCAUUUCAGUCGGUUUUACAUGACUCCAUAUAUGUUAGGUGCUACGACAAUUUAUGUUGAAUUAAAAUUGGACGGCGUGUAUCUUACCGAAUACAAUAGAAAUGGAACCCUAUGAGAAACGAAGUAUAGUGAUGGUAAUAGAAAUUAUUGUCAUACAAGAUAUAAUGAACGAUAAAUAUAUAGAUGUACAAUUGAACUGAGGGGAAACUUCGUGUCCCAGGUAACCUUCAAAGACCACAUAUGUAACCAAGUGGUUUAAGAAAUAACUCACUAGUGCAACUGUUUUUGUUGUUUGGAUUGUUGUACAUGGAAAAAUGACAAAAAUAUAUACGGGGAGGGGUGAGUAUAGUAGGUAUUUGUUCAAUAUUUAGGAUUCAUGUAGUUUUUUUUUUGUUCUUUUCAUGACUAUAACUACUGUGCACCCCCUGUAUGUAUCAUAUAAGCAAUAAUAACCCUGAAUAAUUGGAGCAUUUUUUUUUUUAUCCAUUUGAAUUAAUGACUCCCGAGGUAUUAGCGCUCAGUUUCCAAAAUUUGGGUGGCACCCUGCAUUAAAUAACCUCUUUGAUGGAUUACCGUAUUGGCCCAAAUAUAAGACGGCCCUGACUAUAAAACGACCCCCUCUUAUUCAAAACUCAAGUUUGAAAAAAAGACUUUUUGAACACCAAAUUAAUUUUUAUACAGAAAAUAAUUACAGUACAUCCGAAACAAAUGAUUAUAACAAUAUAUUUGAGAGAAAAAGCAUGUUAUUUUGCCUCAUUCAAAUCUUAAUAUCUGAACAUUUAAAUAUGUAAACUAAAGAGCAAUCACAUUCGUAAAUGAAUGGCUUCUGGUUUUUGAAAUGUAAAUAAACCAAUCUACUGUGAUAAAACAACAAAAUUGCAAUAACUGCAUUAACCAUCAAAGUGAAAUCUAUCUGUAACUGUAGUCUUGAAACAAAUCUGAAUAAGGAAAAACAUUGCAAUAAAAUAAUGUAAACUGGUUAAACUUGAGAGUAGCUGAGAUCUGUCAUGGCAGAACAUCGCUUCAAUGAUAUCUGGCGCCAUCUAGCGUCGUGAAUGGGAAGAGUAACUGAGAUCUGUCAUGACAGAACAUCGCUUCAAGGAUAUCUGGCAUCAUCUAGCGUCGUGAAUGGGUAUAAUGUCUAGACCACGAAUAUAAGACGACCCCCUCUUUUUCAGUCUUAUUUCAAUACAAAAACACCGUCUUAUAUUCGGGCCAAUACGGUAAUACUUGUACUUUCCCUUAGUAAUAAUAAAAUAAGUAGCGGUAUUCUUACCUUUGUAAAGGCAGUUUUUUUUUGUUUGUUUUUUUUUGUUUGUUUUUUUGCAAAAACUCUAUUCAUUGUGUUUGUAGAGUGUUUCAUCACUCACAAGGUUGUAUUUAUUGUCUUGCAUGCACUUAAAAUGAAAAGUCAUUUGAAUGGUGUAACAACAAUUUAUUUUUUUGUGUCACACGAAUAAAUAUAUCCACUUCA